UUUGGUUAGCUGGGGAGAGCGGAACCACCGCGUGAGAAAGUUGCUAGUGAGGUAAAACCGAGCUCGAGGACGCACUGUUGCCGCCGCGACCGUGGUUUGUUGUUGUCAAAACUUGCAUUUCCGUCUUUUAAGGACCGUCUUUGGGGUCGGCGAGUUUUUCAACAUACUUGCUCGGUAGUUGGGAAGCUUUUUUGGUCAAGCAUUUAACCACCGGGACAACCACAACGAGUCAAGUGGGAACUCUUGAGAGCAAUUAACUUGUGUGGAUUUGUUUCUCGUGCGCUGAGACGAUGUUCUAACCGCUUCGUGGCGGUCUCACUGUAGUCUGCUUCCGGGCCUGGUGAUUUCAGCUUUUUUGGUGUUUGUUUUGUUCACUACUUUUUCGGAUUACCGUGGAUCGUUUACGAGAACCCAGCACGAAGCCAGCCCCGAGCCACACAUAUGUUAUACUAAAGGUUGCUUCUCUGUUCCGUUCUCACCUGGCUGAUGCUCCUCCGAGCUAAUGACCCGUUUCCCGUGUUUUUCCGGUUGAUUUACGACCGUACGCUUGCCGGAGCGCGAAGAGCGAGCAAGUGAAAGAAAGGAGCCGAGCUCCAGAGAAGGGGGCUGGGGGGAGUUGGGAAUCAUUUAGGACGCCUGGCCAAGUCGGACGGAGCACCGCCGGGUCACUCUGGUUUUUCAAGUAAAGAGCGUUCAUAUUCCAAGCUGAUCCAAUAACGAUGGAUAGAUUUCCCCUUAUCUAGAACAAAACCUGAUCCUUGUUCUGAUCCCGUAAGAAGGGUAAUAUCAAGAAACGGGCACAUCCUCGGAGAUAAAGAUGUUCCCUCAGGGCCGACACCCGACGCCUCACCAGCCUCCAGGGCAGCCCUUCAAGUUCACAAUCCCCGAGUCACUGGACCGGAUCAAGGAGGAGUUUCAGUUUCUGCAGGCGCAGUACCACAGUUUGAAGUUGGAGUGUGAGAAGCUUGCUAGUGAGAAGACAGAGAUGCAGAGACACUAUGUCAUGUACUACGAGAUGUCCUACGGGCUCAACAUAGAGAUGCACAAACAGACUGAGAUUGCCAAGAGACUAAACACCAUCUGUGCCCAAGUCAUUCCCUUCCUCUCUCAGGAGCAUCAGCAGCAGGUGGUCCAAGCUGUGGAGCGAGCCAAGCAAGUGACGAUGGCAGAGCUUAACGCUGUCAUCGGCGUGCGUGGCCUCCCAGGCCUGCCCCCAACGCAGCACCUCUCCCACGCCCACGCCGCGGCCGGCGGCGCCGCCCCCGUGCCCCUCACGCCCCACCCUGCCGGGCUGCAUCCCUCUCAGCUGGGGGGCUCGGCGGGCCUCCUGGCGCUGUCGGGGGCCCUGGGAGCCAUGCCCACCCACCACCUGGCGGUGAAGGAGGGCGGCGAUAAGAAGCCCCACCCCUCCGAGCCUCACCCCCACCCCUCCGGGGCCGACCACCUUCGAGACCGAGAGCCGGGCACAAGUAACGCCAUGCUGCCCGAAAGCCUGAGGAACUCUGACAAGCGGCGAAACGGGCCGGACUUCCUCAACGACUCAAAGAAACGCAAAGUAGAGGACAAGGACUCCAGCCACUAUGACAGCGACGGGGACAAGAGUGACGAUAACCUGGUGGUGGACGUCUCUAAUGAGGACCCGUCGUCACCCCGGGGCACGCCUCUUCCCUCUCCCAGGGAGAACGGCCUGGAGAAGGGACGCACCCUGAAGAAGGACCCCUGCAGCCCGGCCUCCACGGCCUCCUCGGCCAGCUCGUCCUCACUCAAGUCCAAAGAGAUGGCCAUGCGUGACAAGGCAGGCACGCCAGGGUUAAAAUCGACCACACCCACACCAAGAGGAGACUCCACCCCUGGACCAAGCUCCACCCCUGGGUUACGGCCCAGCCUAUCGAAACCCCCCUCCAUGGAAAUGCCCCACCCACCAACCGCGGGCCUGCGGACCCCUAUGGCCGUGUCCGGGCCGUACCCGGGUGCGUUCGGUAUGCUGCCCCACGGGGCGGGGAUGAACGGGGACCUGGCGGGCGCGGCCGCCUACGCCGCCGGACUGCACAACAUGUCGCCUCAGAUGAGCGCCGCCGCUGCGGCCGCCGCCGUCGCAGCGUACGGCCGCUCCCCCAUGGUCGGCUUCGACCCCCAUUCCCACAUGCGGGUGGCUGGCCUACCGCCCAGUCUGACCGGCAUCCCUGGAGGCAAACCGGCGUACUCCUUCCACGUGGCGGCCGACGGCCAGAUGCAGCCCGUCCCGUUCCCACCGGACGCUCUGGUGGGCCCGGGCAUCCCUCGCCACGCCCGUCAGAUCAAUACGCUGAACCACGGCGAGGUGGUGUGCGCAGUCACCAUCAGCAACCCCACCCGCCACGUCUAUACGGGCGGCAAGGGCUGCGUCAAGGUCUGGGACAUCAGUCACCCCGGCAACAAGAGCCCCGUCUCCCAGCUCGACUGUCUGAACCGGGAUAACUACAUCCGCUCCUGCCGUCUCCUACCCGACGGCCGCACGCUCAUCGUGGGCGGCGAGGCCAGCACGCUGUCCAUCUGGGACCUGGCCACGCCCACUCCCAGGAUCAAGGCGGAGCUUACGUCGUCGGCGCCGGCGUGCUACGCCCUGGCCAUCAGCCCUGACUCCAAGGUGUGCUUCUCCUGCUGCAGUGACGGGAACAUCGCCGUGUGGGACCUCCACAACCAGACGCUGGUCAGGCAGUUCCAGGGACACACGGACGGGGCCAGCUGUAUAGACAUUUCCAACGACGGCACCAAGCUGUGGACCGGGGGCCUGGACAACACAGUCCGGUCCUGGGACCUGCGGGAGGGACGGCAGCUCCAGCAGCACGACUUCACCUCCCAGAUCUUCUCUCUGGGCUACUGUCCGACCGGAGAGUGGCUGGCCGUGGGCAUGGAGAGCAGCAACGUGGAGGUCCUCCACGUCACCAAGCCUGACAAGUACCAGCUGCACCUCCACGAGAGCUGCGUCCUCUCCCUGCAGUUUGCCUCCUGCGGUAAAUGGUUCGUGAGCACUGGAAAAGACAACCUACUGAACGCAUGGAGAACGCCGUACGGUGCCAGCAUAUUCCAGUCCAAGGAGUCUUCGUCGGUGCUGAGCUGCGACAUCUCAGUGGAUGACAAGUACAUUGUCACUGGCUCAGGGGACAAGAAGGCCACCGUCUAUGAAGUUAUCUACUAGAGUUUUACACCGUGAAACCUCCAUUUCUCCUUUUUUUCUUUUUUCUUUGGUCCACCCAACCCAAUGUUUCAUGGGGGAUUUUCCCACAAUUCAACAGGAGUAGAGACUUUUUUUUAACUCCUAUCUCCGACCUCGCAGGAAUAAGCGUAUGGUUGUCUGGACACGUCCAAGGACUUUUUAGAAUCCAUUUUUUUCGGGUCCAAACCUGGGAGGGAAUAACUAGGAUGUUCGUCCGCCGACGUGGAAAUGUACCAGGACUAAUCUACAGAGCUCGGUGUUUUUUAGCCAGGGACACUGUGCUGGACCGAAUGUGACGCAUACAGCGGAUGACUCGACGUCCACUACGGGAUCUCUUAUCUCAACUGUGAAACUGAGCGAGAAAGAGAGCGAGAGAGAGAGCGAGAAAGAGAGAGAGCUCUCAGCUUGAAAGACGUCAAUAUAAUGAGUGACAAUGUGCAGAUGGUGACCUCACUGACCCUGAUUCUGACCAUGUGACCUCAAGCUGCUGAAUAGUGCUCAUCGGACACACAUUUGUUCCGUACGUGGUGCAGACCUAAAUGCGGGCUGGCAUCUAAUUAUCAUGCUGGUGUUGUUUUCUGUGAACGGCUUGUUUGCCUUUCACUCCAUGUGGAAGCGGGCUGAUGAUGCCGUAUUUCGCUCUCAUCUCACAUACUGUGUAUCGCUGUUGGAUUACCCCUUGAGAUGCCACUUUAAAUAUCAGUUGAUCCAUGUCAGGGUGGAAUGUCUUAACAUAGGCCUUGCUGCACUGUUGGAUUUUCCUGUAAGGAAACUUAUUAUUCACUAACGGUUGUAUAAUUGUACCCACUCCCCCUAUUUUAGAAACUCCUUUCUUUUAGAAUGAACUCCAGAUAUUUUUUUAUUUAAGGGAUGAUUUUCUUUUUGUUUAUGUCUGCAAAACAGUUUUUGAACUUUUAGCCACGUGGUAAGCUAGACCUUGAGGCAAGACAUAACUCUUUUAUUUUCUGAAAUGCUGUUUAAACUACUGUCGUCUUAAGUCAUCCUAGCUAGUCUGACUUGAUCACUUGAAAUUCAUUCCAAAUAACAUUUCAAUUUAUUUUCUUUACGUUCAGUCUUCAGAAAAAAACGAAAUGAUUGGUCAGAUAGUAUGAGAAGAACAACCAUGAUUGGUCAGAUAGUAUAACAUAUACAAUCUCUUAUGUAAGGCCCUCUUGAGUGCUGACUUAAAAUUCUACUUUGGCCUCCUUAAUGACAUUUAACAUUAAUGAAUCUAGUAUGGCAACUGUAUGUAUCCAUGUUUAGUUAAAAUGUUGAUACAAGAAGUGUACAGGUUGAAAUAGAUUGAAUGCAAAAUGUAUUUAUCCUUCAGUCUUAAUUACUCAUAAUUUACUAUAUGAACUUUAUUUAGACUAAAUUAACAAAUCCAGAAUUGAGCCCAAACCUGCCUUUGAAACACAGAAUGUCUUACCUGCCUCACAAGCGAAGCCCAGAUUUAAAAUGCUUUUUAGCUUCUCACACAACUUGGUUAGAUAUUGUGAAUUUCAUUAUUGAAAAUGACAACCAAUUUGUGGGAAUGGAGUCAUUUAAAUCCUUUCACUAAUCUAGCUUGUUUACCAAAUAAACUUUUUUUUUUAAACUAGUGUCUGGCAAACUGAAUUCUAUUACAGGUCGACCAUUGCUUUCUUUUCUAUAAUAUUUUCGUAAGAAAUCAAUUUGAACAUAUGAUGGAUUCCGAGUCCGUUCCUUUGGUGAAAUGGCAUAUAGUGCCGGAUGAAAACUGUUUCAACUUGAAGACAGUCUGAAUCAAAAGUCUUAACUUUGUUGACUUCAUGACUUGGCUAUUUUUGUUAUGUUUUUAUAAUUUGUUGGUCAUUUGUUCGAUAUAUGUAUAAAGUGUAUAGUUUUCUUUUUCUUAUCACUUACUUGCGAUAGAAAUGAACUUUUUUUUGUAUGCGUUUUACAAGGAAAAGAUCAAUCUUGCCAUGAGAACACUAAAGGUCUUAAUGCUAGAUGACAAAUGGUUUUAAAGUGUAGACAAUAAAUGUUUGGGUUUUUUAACUGUUGUGUGGAAUCAUUUGUUGGGUGAUAAAUACAUUUCAAUGGUGUCUUUGAAAUUACCUCUUUCCGGCUUCUAUAGGUUUUACGGAGCUUAUACUGGACAUUUAUUCAUCAUAUUUUGUGUUGCUUUUGUGAACUGAGGUUUUUUUUUAAUGAAUAACUGACUAAACAUCGACUCCCAGUCGGGAAAGUGCAAAAAUACAUGAUUACAAUAUAAAUCUUUAACGUUUAAUAAUUUCUUUAAUUUCUACAAUAACAAACUUAGUUAUAUAUAUAUAUUAUAUGUUUAGGUGAAUGUGAUUAUAUCAAUGGGAUUUGUUCAAAAUUUAAUUUGCUUAUAUGCAAGAAAUAUACACCAAUGAGUUGCUGCCGGAAUUCCUCUGAUAGGUCAGGUCAAUAACCUCA